UGCUGAGGGAAGUCUGAGGUCAAGAAAUCUAUUAGGAAGAAGAGCAAGAAGGAAGGAGGGGCACACAGAAGUAUGAAAUCUAAACAUGGGCAGAAACGAGACGCUAAUAACAAAGAGACAGCCAAUUGUACAAUCUGUUUUGAAGGCUUUGAUGAACACAAGCAUAGGUUCAUUCAGACUCAGUGCGAUAAGGCAUUAAAAGCAAUUAAUGAAGAACUUAAAGGAGAAGAACAUAAGAAUGAAACUAUCGCUAUCAUUUACCAGAAGAACAGUGCAGAUGUGGAAAAAGAUGAACAAAACAACAGACUUUCUUGCCAAGAUAAGUUCAACAAGAACAGAAGCUUAGAGCUUUACACUAUUAAACAAACUGAUUUAAUUCAAUCAAAUGGGAAAGUUUUGGAAAACAUGGAAACUGAUGGAGUAGCAAUUCUGGUUGGAUGCAAGCAUGUAUUUCACAACACCUGCAUCAAUUCAUGGCUUAAACAAAAUAACACAUGCCCAGUUUGCAGAAAGAAUGUUCGCUACACCAGUUUACUCAAUCUAUUCUUCCUAAGAAGCCAUGCUAUUAAUUUCCCAAACGAGAACCCUGACCUCCAACACAACCCUUCAUCAUAUGUUUCCGGUCCUAGUUGAUAUUUCUCCCUUUGAGACAGUGACUAAAAUAUUCCAUAAUCUCCUCCAUCAGAUCUCGACCUGCCACAACCCAGCUC